CCGGCCGCCAGCCAGCCUCGUUCGUUUCGUCCCCAUUGACAGCCUAGCCCAGCCCCGCUGCCCACCUUCCGCUUUCCCCUUCCCUCUCGCCCCCCUCGCCGUCGUCAACCCACCGCCUCACCCCACCCCCAAAUCCCUCUCUACCCUCGCGCAGAUCCCGCCCGCCGGCGGCCGCCAACUCCCCCACCGCCGCCGGAGCCGCACCAGUAAGUACCCCCAAACCCUAGGCCCCCCCAACCGCCUCCCGUUGGAAGAGAGAUCUGACUGGGGGCGGCGAUGGGGGACUUCAACGUGGCGCUGGUGAUCGUGGCGGCGGUGGUGAGCGUGCUGGUGCUGCUCGUCAGCGUCUACCUGCUCGUCAACUACCAGCACCCGGACGACGCCAACCAGGCCUACUUCCCCAAGCUCGUCGUCGUGCUCGGCAUCACCGUCGCGGUGCUCUCCAUCCUCAUGCUCCCGGCCGACGUCGCCAACAGGCAGGCCUGCCGCAAGGCCGUCUACAGCGGGGCAUGCUCCCUCACGCUCCCCAUGAAGACGCUCUGGCUCAUCGUCUACAUCGCCGACGCGCUCCUCGUCUUCCUCGUCAUACCCUUCGCCAUGUUCUACUACGAGGGCGACCAGGACAAGUCCGUCGGGAAGCGGCUCAAGACCGCCCUCAUCUGGGUCGUCGCCUCCGCGGUGAUUUGCGGCCUCAUCCUCGGCAUCCUAUACGCACUUAUUGGUAAAGUGGACUUCACUGUCAGACACCUCUCUUCAUCAGUUCAGACAUUUCCAAGCUCGUUUGGUGCAUUCUCAAAUGGUCAACCUUGCAUCAGUCCAUUGACCCGGCAGUGUUCAGCUUAUAGUGCACCGGCUAACUCUCAAACUACAUGGACAAUGCGUGCUUCAUUCCCUGAAUAUGUGGUUGCCCUUGCUACCAUUGUUGGAUCUGUGCUAUUCACAAUAUUUGGUGGUGUCGGCAUUGCUUGCCUUCCACUGGGACUUAUAUUCUCGUUCGUUCGGCGUCCAAAAGCUGUCAUCACACGCUCACAGUAUAUAAAGGAAGCAACUGAAUUGGGUAAGAAGGCCAAGGAAUUGAAGAAGGCAGCUGAAGCCCUUCACCAAGAAGAGAGAAGUGGGAACAAGGGCAGAAAAUGGCGCAAAAACGUGAAGGCUGUAGAGAAGGAAUUGUUGCUUUUGGAAAAUGACAUGAAUGCCCUAGAAGAGAUGUACCCUCAAGGAGAACAGGCUGAGGCUACCUGGGCGUUUACCGUUCUUGCUUACAUUGGGAAGCUCAUAUUCGGCGUUGUUGGGUUAAUUGUAUCAAUUGCUUGGGUUGCACAUAUUGUCAUAUACCUGUUGAUUGAUCCUCCACUGUCUUCUUUCCUGAAUGAGAUCUUCAUAAAGCUGGAUGGUGUUUGGGGUUUGCUUGGGACUGUUGCCUUUGCAUUCUUUUGCUUCUAUCUCCUCAUUGCAGUUAUUGCUGGGGAAAUGAUGCUUGGCCUGAAAUUAGUUUUCAUCACCAUUCACCCAAUGAAGUGGGGAGGAACAUUGAUGAACUCUUUCCUGUUUAAUGUUGGUCUCAUCCUACUUUGUUCCAUCAGUGUGAUUCAGUUCUGUGCCACAGCUUUUGCGUACUAUGCACAGGCAACUGCAGCUCAAGAGAUCUUUGGCCACACACUGCAGUCCCUUCGUGGGAUUAAGUAUCUCUACAAGUACAAUGUUUUCCAGUAUGGCUUUGUCGCUCUUUCCAUACUCACGCUCUUUUACUAUGCAAUUUUUGGAUGGCGAAAGAGGAAACCCACAGGGAGAUUCCAGCUCUCAAAUUAAUUUGCGGUAUGCUUUGUAAGCAUAGCCUGACGGAUUCAUCUGCAUAUUUGUUCCCUGAGUGAUAGUUUGGUUAGCGAUGUAUAUGAUCUUGCAAACCGCUUUCUGAAGGAGCUGGAUAGUUGCCAUCGGUGUAAAUUAGCGACCAUGGAAAUCUUGGAAAGUACAAAACGCAGAAAUUCAGUUGCACACGGUCAUGGAUGUUAAAGUAGAAGAACCCAGCUCCCAUUGUAAUGUACACAGUUGUCGUCCCGGCUCUUCUUUUUCUGUAUUAUUAUUUUAUAAUCAAUUGGCUGAUGAUAUUCUUGAUGUUGAUGGGUCAUGUGCUUGUGAGAGAUGUUUUGUGUGCCCGCCCCUUUGUUGUGCUGGAUGUGUACCGAGUUAAGUUAGGUCAGCUCAUUUCUUUCAUUAAGUACCAUACUAUGAUUACCACACAUAGUUCUACUCUUCUAGAUUGUAUUGCCGGAUGGCUUGUCUUGAUCAUCUCCGUUCGGCUGUCUGUCUGGAAAUUGCUGUUUGCUUCCCA